AUGCAUCACGAAAGGCCUCGCAACGCCCAACACUACCGCCGAAGCGGCCGCACAGGACGUAGGAACGUCUCACCGCCGAGCCACAACUCGGCGCUGCUGCCACACCAACGCCGUGCUCUUCAACGAUCGCGUCGCUCUCCUUUGCUCUUCUCCACGCCAGAUUUCGAUCCUCAGGUUUCCCUCGUUGUCGCCAUUGGAAUUGCAUUAGAUGUGGGAAGCAUAAACGCGAUUCGAUUCAUCGCUUGGAUUGAUCGAUCCCUUACCGCACGCUCGGCUCCCUCCCAGACUAUUACAUCGCCUCACCUCUCGCCCAACAUGUCGUCGGCCGCCACUCAUCCCCGCCGGCGCGCCGCCCGUUCCUCGAACGGUUCCACUCCAACUCCCUCCUUGGUCGACUCGUUCCAGAACAUGUCCAUCCGCAAGGGCGAUACCUUUCAUCCCCAGACCAACACCAGUCAGAGCAGCUUUUGGGAUCCUUUGGAGUCAAGAGCCAGGACACCGUCUAUGCCAUCUCGAUCUGCCACAUCUCCACAGUCACUGGAAGACCUUCUCGUUGGAUCGGGCGAGCGUCGUGUUGCCGAGCUCUUCGAAAAGGUCGACCGUGCCAUUGCCGCCAACUCUAGGAUAGCCCUGGGCAAUGUGCUGAGCGAACCCGAAGUGCUACCCCUGCCGAACUUCGCUGUUGGCGAAGCUGAAGCAACAGGAACACCGCUCGCCCGGCACCACAGCCACAACUCUGAUAGUGGACUGGGAUCGUCUGUUGCUGACUCUGUGGAUUCAAUCUCUUCCGGCAAGGGGUCUACCGAAUCUGCGCACACCGUCACUGCCGUCCGUCAAUCUCCUGCCUCUCGUUCUCUGUCGGAGAUCUCUGACGCCUGCGAAGAAGAGCGCGGCCUCAGCAAGUACGCUGCCGAGCAGAUCCACAAAUACAUCAUCAAGCCGAUCCUGCGAGAGGACUCGCUCAAAGAGUUCCAUGAGCUGAUCAAGACUGUCCCGGAACGCAUAGGCGACAAGGAGAUUAAGAAUCUUCGGGAUCUCGAAAAGACUCUCAUCUUUCUGGCACCGGACUAUUCGCGUUCUCCUUCGAAAUACCUCCGCUUUUGUGAACGAACGAUUCGCGUCCUCCACACGACUGUCACGACCCUCCACGAGUCCGACCAGCGAGCGCCGACCGACCGACCGUACACGCAAGGCUACUUUUUUGAUCUGGUUGAGCAGAUCCGCAGAUACGCAGCCAUCCUGGCGAUCACCCGAGAAAAGCAGGCGAAGGGCGAGAAGCUCGACGCGAUGGAUAUCACAGAAAACGAGCAGGUCUCCCUGCACGGCGGACCCGCCCACAACGGGAAGCCUGCUGAGCUCAUUCGCACCACUGCGGACGGCAAGAAGGUGUCCUUGGCCUCUGGCGAGGUGCUUUCGGAGACUGAAGUCGCAGCCGCCUCCAUGAAGCGACCAGCGGUUCCUGCUGAAGACGACGAAGAAGCGGCAAUGCGUUCGAUGGCACGCCGUAAGAAGAACGCAAAGCCGGAGAUUCACACCUGCGAACUGUGUGACAAAGAGUUCAAGCGCCCAUGCGACCUCACAAAGCACGUCAAGACACACGAGCGUCCAUGGAAGUGCUCUGCUGAGGACUGCAAGUACCACGAGUACGGCUGGCCGACCGAGAAGGAGCGUGACCGACACGUCAACGACAAGCAUUCCUCCACACCCUCUCUCUAUCACUGCUUGUUCAAGCCGUGCCCAUACACCUCCAAGCGCGAGUCGAACUGCAAGCAACAUAUGGAGAAGGCUCACAACUGGGUUUACGUCCGCUCGAAAAACAAUGGCAAGGCCCGCUCCUCCGUUACGCGACUGCCACAAGGCUCCGUUCCCCAGUCCCCAGCUUCUGUUGCCCUGACUCCGCUUGCGCCGUCACCUUCCGUCCAAUCUUGGUCCAACUCCUCGCGACACAGCUCCUUGGCACCACCCGGCUCCAUGGACGGAAGCAAUUACGGCACCCCGGCCUUUGGCACUCCCUUCUUCAUGCAGCCUUCGCCAGACUUCCAGCAGCACUUCAAUUACAACCCCAAGGCCUUCGACUUCAACGACUUGGGUAACUUCCCUGACAUCCCGGUCACACCAGCGAUGAGCGAAGAGAGCCACCCAUCCACCACCUUCUCCUCAAGCUCCGGCUUGAUGUUCACUGGCAGCGCGUUCGACGAUGCAUCACCCAAAGACUUGGCUUUCGACACUUUCGGCGACUACAGCUUCGACAUGCCCGACACCACUCAGCAUCAAUACACGCCGAACUCUGUCGAGGCUGGCUCCAGCAAUACCGUCGCGGCGAUGCACAUUUCGCCAGGUGCACAAUUGCACCAGACCUUCACCGCGGAUCCCAUGAGCGUCGACGGCAUGAGCCACUCUGACGACUUCUCGUCAGGUCCAAGCGGUGAUUUCACUCUCUACGGAGGAAUGGACGGGAACGGUGCUGCGGGAGACAUGUUCCAGCCACUCGGUGAGCAGUCGUCCUGGGGCAACGUCAAUAGCCUCGGGUCGAACUUUGGAGCUCACCUUGACUCCACCAAUCCACCGGCACUUCAGAGCGCCGACAGCAUGCUCAACGACUUGUUCCCUGGUAUGGCUGAUCCAAAGCCAAAUUCGUCGUUCUACAAUGGCUACCUCUAGCUACAACGUGCCGCUUCCGCGUAUCGGCCAAAUACGCUUUCCACUGGUCGACUACAAGCGUACCACUGCAACGUUACCACACUCGCGAAGCUCCACUGCAAAUUGGAAAGCUUUACCGAACACGAAGAUUUGAAUAUGGAUGAUAUAAUUACGACGAUACGGAGGAUAUGGAGGAAGGAAUGGUGGGAUG